CACGCACCACGCACACAAACGAAGCGCACAACAAUACACACAACACAACAACACACGCGCGAUGGCUGAGGGAGAUGGUGUUGGAGCAGAGACAGGAACGUCGGCCACACACGACAGCGCUGAGCUUGGUGGUGUCGACGCUUCUCUCGCAUCCGCACCACCUACAACAGUCACAGCGGCAAUACCUGGUCCUUCUUCACAAGUGAGUGCGCACCACAGCCACCCGCCAACGAACUCCUUGUACAACAACUCGCACAACACCACGCACACUGGCCACGGCGCUCAUGUGCACAUGGAGGAGCAUCAGCAGCCCUUUGCGCUGUCGCUUCACGCGCCGCAGCCUGCUGUCAGCGCUGGAACAUCAAGCCAUGCCACCGCCAGCCAUGAUGACCACCACAUCAACGUGGUGGAUCCAGAACCAAAGCACAGUGCCUUCACCAAUCACGACCUGCACAUGAACACAAUGCUGGCUUCGCACGACACCCCACCUCUCCACACGUGCCUCCCGAAGCCAGAACUAACACGGGCCCCGCUGCGCAACGAGAUACAUGAACGAGACAUCAGCGCCACGAGCGUUGGUUUGGGUAGCAAGGAGCACACCACCAAGGGCCUUCAUGGUGGUGAGGAUGAUGAUGAUGAUGACGAUGACAACUAUGGUAACCAUUGCCAUGGCGACGAUGGUGACGAUCGUGCUGAUGACGAUGACGACGAUGACAACCAUGAUGAUGACGAUGAUGACGACCAUGACAACCAUGAUGAUGACGACGACAACGACGACUUGGACCACUACAGCGUUGGAUAUUCGUGUGAUAGAAGCAAGACGCUGCAUACGAACAACGUGAAGGGCGGCAUGAAGAAGCAACACAGCAAGAACAGACACACGAACAAGAAGCCGCCUCGCGUGUUUGCCCAUCAUGUGCCAAGGCCUGUGCCAGAGGCGUCCUCGUCACCUCACCCGCUCCCACAGCAGCUAUCGAGUUUCGACGCCCCUAGCGCCAUCGGCAAUAUGCCUGUGCAGGAAGGCAGCGAAGCACCCACCAACAUUGUCACGGGCCUGUUUGACAUGAUCAGCGCCACGAGUCGCUUCAUGCACCAGCUGCGCCAGGUGUUUGGCGCGUUCCCCGCCGGUACACCUCCGCCCACCAAGGCGGCAAAGAAGGGCCGCGCCCCAAAGAAAGUGACCACUGCCCAGCGCAAAGACUUGCGUAAACUCCUGGACGAAAGCCUCGCCGCAAACAAGCGAAACGAACACGGAGCAAAACAAGACAAAUAA